AUGAAGUUCUCCCGAUCCCUCCUUUUCGCCCUCCCGUUCCUCCAAUCCGCCGCAGCCCAGGGCGGCGGUAUGGUCGGCCUCGGAUGGUCCGUCGAAAACGUCACUGAUGCAGGCUUGAGUGAGAUCUUCUUCCCAAUGGACAUCUCCGGCGCACCCCACGAGGGCGGCUUCUACUUCGCGCAGCAAUUCGGCUUCGUCAACCAAGACAACGUGGGGUAUACCGGUCUGCAGCCCCGUGAAAAUGACCACGGCCUUCCCGUCAUCCACGGAGUCUUCUCCAGCUUCAAUGAGGGCACCACCUCCGACGAUCCCAACUGCUCCGACGGUGCCGACGGCGGUGCUGGCGUGAGCUGUGCGGUUGAGAUCGUCAGCUCUUACGAUCAUCAAUAUCAGCUUCAUAUCAAGAACACCGAGGGAACCAAGUGGGUUGGAACUCUGGUUGAUGUUGUUAAGGGAAAUAGCACUCAGAUCGGCUCUUACACUCUACCUGCUGGUUCGAAAGGUAUUCAGAGCUCCCAGUUGGGCUUUGUUGAAUUGUACGGAUGGAACGAUGAUAAAAAGGAGCAUGUGUGCUCCGAUGUUCCCAAGCAGUCGGUUAUUUUCGGCGUUCCCAUCUCUAAGGGCUACACUGGAUCUCUGAGUGAGCCUUAUGAGUACGGUGACUGUGUUGGUAAAUCUCAAUUCGAGUCACACAGCCACUCUGAUGGCAGUUAUUCCGUCACUGUUGGAUGGUAA